AUGUCCGCCGGUCUCCAGUUUAGCGGGUUUGAGACCUCGCUGGAGAUUGCCCGCCGACAAAAAACCUAUCAGGUAGCGCCGCUGGCCGGCCACAAGCGGCCAGCAGCGACCUACGCGCCAAAUAAUGGAGACGACGUAUUAUUGGAGUCGACGGCGUUGGAGGCUGCUGGAGCCUCGUCGGCCCCCUCAGGUCGCUUUAUCGCCAGCAGGAUCCAACCGGGCCCCGGCGAACAACGGGAGGACCAACAGCGAGCCAAGCCAGUCGCAGCAGCAGCGCCCGGGUCCAGUCAGAACCCGCUGUUGUCGCUAUCAAAUCCGCGAUACGGCCUGCCGCCAGCGCUGACGGCCAAUUUCGCGGCCUUGGGUAUCGACCGCAUCUAUCCCUGGCAGGCGUCGUGCUUGCUGGCGCGCGGCUUGCUCUCGGGGGAGCGGCACUUGGUCUAUACGGCCCCUACCGGUGGAGGCAAGUCGCUCGUGGCCGACGUGCUGCUCCUCAAGCGGGUGAUUGAGAAUCCCACGCGCAAAGCCAUCCUGGUCUUGCCCUAUGUCGCGCUCGUGCAAGAGAAGCUCAAAUGGCUGCGCCACAUUGUUGGGGAUGUCGAGAAGCACCUCCCCUCCGAGGACGAGGAUGAUCACUCGUUCCCUCCUCGAAAGCGGUGGGAAAAACCGCAGAAAUCCAUUCGCGUCACUGGAUUCUUUGGGGGCAGUCGGACCACAGCCACUUGGGCGGAUACCGAUAUUGCCGUUUGUACGAUCGAGAAAGCCAAUUCAUUGAUUAACUCCGCCAUCGAGGAGUGUAGCAUUGGGGAUCUGGGUGUAGUUGUUUUGGAUGAGCUCCAUAUGCUCGACGAUGAGCACCGCGGAUACCUCCUGGAAUUGAUGGUGACGAAACUCCUGCUCCUUCAGCAGAAUAUCCAGAUCGUGGGCAUGAGUGCCACCCUUUCCAAUACUGAAAUGUUGGCACAAUGGAUCAAUGCCAAGUUUUACAUCUCGACCUAUCGGCCGGUUCCAAUCGACGAAUAUCUGGUCUAUGAAAAUGCCAUUUAUCCAGCUGCGACAUCUAGACAGCUAUUCCAAACAGCCUCGAAAUUGACUACAGCGACUUCGACAUCGUUGCAUAACACUAUACCCCCGCAGAGACUCAUUGACUCAUCCUCAUUCAAGGAACUCAGCAAUGCCGCCACGAACGCCAUGGUCGCCCUGGCGGUGGAAACUGCCGCCGGUGGCUACGGGGCACUGGUAUUCUGCGGCAAUCGCCAAGGCUGCCAGAUUCACGCAGCAACGAUAAGUGAAGCAAUGCCAUAUCCAGCCGAGACAGAUGAAUUGGGCAAACGACUGGAUCUUCUGGCUGAGCUGCGCAGUCUCUCGUGUGGAUUAGACCCGGUUCUGCAGACCACCAUCAUCAAGGGGACGGGCUUUCAUCAUGCUGGCAUGACAACCGAAGAACGGGAGCUUAUCGCGCACGCGUACGACCAAGGCGUGCUACGAGUCCUCGUAGCCACAUGCAGUCUCGCGGCGGGUGUGAAUCUCCCAGCCAGACGAGUAAUUAUCAACGGUGCACGAAUGGGCAGGGAAUUGGUUGGCCCCGCAAUGCUGCGACAAAUGUGCGGACGUGCAGGACGCAAAGGGAAGGACGAUGUCGGCGAAACGUAUCUGAUAUGCGUAAAGACUGACCUGGAAGCCGUGUGUGACUUGUUGGAUGCCGAUAUGCCCGCUAUCGAGAGCUGUCUGGCUCCUGAAAAGAGAGGACUGAAGAGAGCAUUGUUGGAAGCCAUCGCGACGGGGUUGGUGUCCGGAUGCGAGGCGAUCAAGGAAUACGUCCGAUGCACGCUUCUCUGCCGCACGCUGGACAAAAAGCUUGCUUACAGUAUCAUGAAAUCUGCGCUGCAGGAACUAAUCGAUGAACAGCUUCUGCUUCUCAAAGAGGACGAGGCUUACGAGGCAACACAACUGGGCCAGGCAGUCGUGGCCUCGGCCUUCUCCCCCGAAGAUGGCCUUUUCGUACACGAGGAACUCCAGCGCGCUCUCCGGGCCUUCGUGAUGGACGGGGACCUGCACGUCUUCUACAUGUUUACCCCAUUGCAAGCAACCACAGGCAUGCCCAUCGACUGGCAAAUCUUUCGAGACCAGCUGGACGGCCUCGACGAGAGCGGCCUUCGCGCGCUACAAUUUAUAGGCGUCCAGCCCGGCUUUGUGAACACCAUGGUUCAAUCCGGCGCCUCGCUCAAAGAGACUACCCCCGAACAACUCAACCAAGCCCGCAUCUACCGCCGCGCCUACACUGCUUUCCAGCUCCGCGACAUAAGCAAUGAAGUGCCCCUCUCCACCAUUGCACAGCGCUACCGCAUCCCACGCGGCAGCGUUCAGACGCUGGCGCAGCAAUGCCAUGGCUUCGCGGCGGGGAUCGUCAAGUUCUGCCAGCGUAUGAACUGGGGUAUGCUCGCCGCCGUGCUAGACCAUAUGCGCGAUCGACUUGAGGCGGGUGCGCGCGCGGACUUGUUGGAGAUGGCACAGGUUACUUUUGUGAAGAGUUGGACGGCUCGGUUGCUGCGCGAUAACGGGUUCCCGAAUCUGCGCGCGCUAGCUGAGGCCAAACCUCAGGAUUUGGUUCCUAUUUUGAUGAUGGUCAACCCUCGCAAAACACGAGAAAGCCAGCUCUACCCGACCGAAGCGGAGAGAUAUUCUGCGAAACUGCUGGCUAAAGCUGAGACGAUUGUUGCAUCGGCCACCAAGAUCUGGGAACGGGAGAUGCAGGUCGAGCUGGAGGCGUGA